AUGAAUAUAAACGAACUCAACCACUUGAUAUAAAAAUGUUAUAGCAUAGAAAAACAAUUAGGAGGGAAUGCAGAAGCCACCAAAAAUGUCUAAAAGUCAAGAGAAUUUGAUGUUAUUAAAGAUUUGUUAGUUGCUAAGAUAUUUCAAAUUAGCAAACUAUAAGAUUAAAGAGACGAAAAAAUGGCUAAGUAUGGGAAUGAUAGAGAUUAAAUUGCUAUGGGAGUGUAAAUAAGAGAUGAAAUUCAUGAAGUUGAUAGAAUGAUCAAGCAAAUGGGUGAAUCUCUAGAAAGGAUGAGCAGAAAAGUAAAGCAAUAUUCACCUCAAGAAAUCGAACUUAGAGCUAAGAUUUUACAAAAAUAUAAACAGAAUGUUGAGAAUUUAAAAUUAAGAGAAUAAGGGGAGCGUGCAGAAGACACAGAAAACGAAAAACCAUUACUUCUAAAAGAUUUAUAAUAAUAGCUUUACAAAAACAAACCAAAUAGAGAAGUUGUUUAUCAAAUUACAAAAGACGAAUAGGAAGCUUUGGAUCGAUUUGCUAAAAACGAUGAAAUAAUAGAUGGAAAAUUAGAUGUAAUUAUUGAUGGAAUGGGCUAAUUGAAUCAUAAAGUACAAGUUUAAGGACAGAAAAUUGAUUAAACAAAAGUUCAAAUCAAACAAACGGAUAAACAGGUUGAUAAAACCAAUAAAACAUUAUAGCACUCCAAUAAAUAAUUAAAAGAACUUCUCAUAAAAUUUAGAUAACCAAACAAAUUUUGUUUAGAUAUCACACUCUUUUUAUUAUUCUUAGGAAUAAUUGGUGUAAUAGUCAAUAUGUUUUAUUCUAAAAAAUGACAAAUGAUUUUGCUUCAAAUUUAUUCAUAAUCUGAUAAAUUAAUAAAAAGUCUUUAUUAA